UCGUUUUUUCCUGGUUUGAUUCCAUUGAAAGUCAUUCUGAUUAAGUUUGUUCAUUUGGUUCCAAAAAUCAGAUAAAAAAAUGAAUAAAUUAUAUAAUAAUAUCAUUUAACUAUUUAAAACUGUAAUCUUGAUACAUUUGAAACUUAUGAAGAUUAUGUGGCUACUGUUAGAGUUUGUUUGGUUUACUUUGUUUACUUUAUUUGAGGAUAUAUAAAACCAUUUUAUCUACAAAGCUCCUUGAUUCGGUAUUAGUUCGGUUAUUUUGGUACGUUUUGCUUAAAAUUUCUUCCUUUACCAAUAAGCAAAUAAUAAUUAACAAUAAUCAGAGUCGUCCUCUUCACCAAUAAACAACUAUAAUCAUCACAAAAGGCUUCUUAAGAACCACCACUUCUCUUCUCUUCUGAACAUAAAAACCAAAAACACACCUAAUUCAUAAACAGAGAAAUAAAAGAAAUUGAAGCUAGAAGAAAAGAAAAUGAGCACAGCGAGAUUCAUCAAGUGUGUGACGGUCGGAGAUGGAGCUGUGGGGAAGACUUGUAUGCUGAUUUCAUAUACCAGCAAUACUUUUCCUACGGAUUACGUUCCGACAGUUUUUGACAAUUUCAGUGCGAAUGUGGUGGUUGAUGGAAGUACUGUCAACCUCGGCCUGUGGGAUACCGCUGGGCAGGAAGAUUAUAACAGGCUUCGGCCUUUGAGUUACAGAGGAGCAGAUGUGUUUUUAUUGUCAUUUUCCCUAAUUAGCAAGGCCAGUUACGAGAACAUUUACAAAAAGUGGCUUCCGGAGCUGAAACAUUAUGCGUCUAGCAUCCCGAUUGUACUUGUCGGAACCAAGUUAGAUUUGAGGGAUGACAAACAGUUCUUGAAAGAUCAUCCAGGAGCAGCUUCAAUAACAACUGCCCAGGGAGAGGAAUUAAGAAAGAUGAUUGGAGCCAUCAAGUACUUAGAAUGCAGCUCCAAAACCCAGCAGAAUGUGAAGGCAGUGUUUGAUACAGCGAUCCGGGUAGCGUUGAGGCCUCCAAAGGCAAAGAAGAAGAUAAAGCCAUUGAGGACCAAAAGAUCAAGAACAUGCUUUUUCUUCUAAUAUUCACCAUUUAAAUAAAACUUAUAUAUAUACACAUGUAUUUCACUUGUUUUUUUGUUAUAUUUGUAGUGACAAAAAGAGAUUCAUUACCCAUACACAGUUGUAUGUCAUAUGUUAUCUCUCUCUUCUCUCUUGCGUAUCAUUCUAUGAAUUUCUAUUAUAGGAUUUGCUUUUCCAA